AUGGCAAUAGCACGACCUAUCCGGGUGCUGGCCCUGGCGGCCAUAGGACUAUGGAUAUUCUUCAUAUACCAAGUAUUUGGCCCAGAGAAAACUCCUAAACCUCCAGGAGAAACGUUGGAGAACAUGGAAAGAGAUCCCAAUUUAGACUUGACUGGAGAACCCGAGGGGUUAUUAUUCAGAGCGGAUCAGGGAUAUGGGUUGGGUGAUCAAGGGACUGCGCGAAUCAAUGCGACACUCUUGUCGCUGGUUCGAAAUGAGGAAAUCGAUGGCAUGGUACAAGCUAUGCAAGAUCUUGAACGAACAUGGAACUCGAAAUUCAACUACCCUUGGACAUUCUUUAACGAUGUCCCAUUUACCGACGAAUUCAAAAAGCGAACACAAGCAGAGACGAAAGCAGAAUGCAGAUAUGAAUUGAUUCCUAAAGAGCACUGGGAAGUGCCAUCUUGGAUAGAUGAAGAGAUAUUCGCCGAAUCCGCUAAAAUACUUCAAGAGAACGAUAUUCAGUACGGCGCCAUGAAGUCCUACCAUCAAAUGUGUCGGUGGAACAGUGGGUUGUUCUACAAACAUCCCGCAUUAGAACAUAUGCAAUUUUACUGGCGUGUGGAACCAAAGGUCCAUUUCUUCUGCGAUGUUGAUUAUGAUGUUUUCAGAUACAUGGCUGAUCACAACAAAACCUACGGUUUCACGAUCAACCUAUACGAUGCACCUGCUUCGAUUCCAACCCUCUGGCCCGAGACUGUAAAAUUUCUUGCGGCGCAUCCAGAAUACAUACAUGAGAAUAACGCCAUGAAUUGGCUUACCGAUAAGCAACGAAGACCGGAGCAUAAUAAGAAUGCGAAUGGAUACUCGACUUGUCAUUUCUGGUCGAAUUUUGAGAUUGCGGAUUUGUCUGUCUGGAGAAGUCAAGCAUAUGAAGACUAUUUCAACCAUCUUGAUCGAGCGGGUGGAUUCUUUUAUGAGCGGUGGGGAGAUGCUCCUGUUCAUAGUAUUGCGUUGGGGUUGUUCGAAGAUGCGAGCAAAAUCCACUGGUAA